GGGCUUUUGAGAAAGUAAAUAGAAAGAGGAAUCUGGAGGAACUAAUAUAGCCUGACCUUCGAUACGACCCGGACUCAACCUGGUCGGCAUAAAUUGUGUGAUUAAUUCAUAGCUUAACGUUAGUGUAGGGAGCGCUGAACCUUUCAACGCGGCUCCAGAGUGUGACAAGAGUAGGUUCCCCCUCCCCCGUGUCAUUCAAUCUUUGAACGGGAGAACGGGACAAACGGCGGAGGACAGGACAGCGGGGAGGCAACAAACCACUAGCCAGUUAUCACCGAAAUACAAGCGCUAGCAUUUGUUGCGGGUUACUGAUAUUUCCUUAGAGGGAUUUAUACAUGUGCCCUUACAUGCAGUGCUGCACUUGCAGCGCGAGUAAGAGAGACACAAGGAUACGGAUUUAACAGAUUCAAGGGAAAGCGCGCUCGGGGUUUAAAUCGUUUUUUUAUUUUUAUUUAGACAUCUAUGCGAUUAGAUUUUUGCGAUCUAAAUCAACAUUUGGCAUCCUUUGUGGGUCUGCUACGAAAAUAGAGCCUCGAUAACGGGUUUGGAUGGUUGGCCCCCUGCCCCGGUCACCAUGAGCACCAUCUCCCCCACCGACUUCGACAGCCUGGAGAUCCAGCAGCAGUACAACGACAUCAACAACCGCUGGGACCUGGCCGCGGAGUCCGACUGGGACAAUGAGAACAGUUCCGCCCGCCUCUUCGAGCGCUCCCGCAUCAAGGCCCUGGCCGGGAUGAUGGAGCUGGAACAGAAGACCAGCGAGCCUUGCCUGUCCCCGGCUGCCUUCGUCGACCAGGUGCAGUACUCCAACAUACUGGAGGGCAGAUUCAAGCAGCUGCAAGACGAGCGGGAGGCGGUGCAGAAGAAGACCUUCACCAAGUGGGUGAACUCCCACCUGGGCCGAGUCACCUGCCGCAUCGGGGACCUGUACACCGACCUGCGCGACGGACGCAUGCUCAUCCGCCUGCUGGAAGUGCUGUCCAGCGAACAGCUGCCCAAGCCUACUAAGGGUCGCAUGCGGAUCCACUGCCUGGAGAACGUGGACAAGGCCCUGCAGUUCCUCAAGGAGCAGAAGGUCCACCUGGAGAACAUGGGCUCCCAUGACAUUGUGGAUGGGAACCACCGCCUCACCCUGGGUCUUAUAUGGACCAUAAUCCUGCGCUUCCAGAUCCAGGACAUCAGCGUGGAGACGGAGGACAACAAGGAGAAGAAGUCAGCAAAAGACGCCCUGCUGCUGUGGUGCCAGAUGAAGACUGCAGGGUACCAGAAUGUCAAUGUUCACAACUUCACAACCAGCUGGAGGGAUGGCCUUGCCUUCAAUGCUAUCGUGCACAAGCACAGACCCGACCUGAUUGAGUUUGACACCCUGAAGAGGUCCAACGCCCACUACAACCUUCAGAAUGCUUUCAACGUGGCGGAGAAGGAGCUGGGGCUCACCAAGCUGCUGGACCCUGAGGAUGUCAACGUCGAUCACCCGGAUGAGAAGUCCAUCAUCACCUACGUGGCCACCUACUACCACUACUUCUCUAAGAUGAAGGCCCUUGCUGUGGAGGGCAAGAGGAUUGGCAAGGUGCUGGACUACGCCAUCGAGGCGGACCAGCUGAUUGAGAAAUACGAGACCCUGGCAUCAGAGCUGCUGCAGUGGAUCGAGCAGACCAUCUUCACCCUCAACGACCGGCAGCUGGCCAACUCCCUGAGCGGAGUGCAGAACCAGCUGCAGGCCUUCAACACCUACCGCACCGUGGAGAAGCCGCCCAAGUUUACAGAAAAGGGAAAUCUGGAGGUCUUGCUGUUCACCAUCCAAAGCAAAAUGAGGGCCAACAAUCAGAAGGUCUACAUGCCCAGGGAGGGCAAGCUCAUCUCUGACAUUAACAAGGCGUGGGAACGCCUGGAGAAGGCGGAGCACGAGCGGGAGCUGGCGCUGCGCAACGAGCUGAUUCGCCAGGAGAAGCUGGAGAUGCUGGCGGCGCGUUUCGACCGCAAGGCGGCCAUGAGGGAGACUUGGCUGAGCGAGAACCAGCGCCUCGUCUCUCAGGACAACUUCGGCAUCGACCUGAGCGCGGUGGAGGCGGCCACGCGGAAGCACGAGGCCAUCGAGACGGACAUCGGGGCGUACGGGGAGCGCGUGGCGGCCGUGGAGGCGGUGGCGCGGGAGCUGGAGGCGGAGGGAUACCACGAGGUGCGGCGGGUGCUGGCGCGCCGCGACAACGUGCUGCGCCUCUGGGAGUACCUGAAGGAGCUGCUGGCCGCCCGCAGGGAGAGGCUGGCCGCCCACAGGGACCUGCAGCGGCUGAUGCAGGAGAUGAGAUACAUCAUGGACUGGAUGGGAGACAUGAAGGGCCGGCUGCAGUCCCAGGACUGCGGGAAGCACCUGCACGACGUGGACGAUCUUCUGCAGACGCACACGCUGGUGGAGGCGGACAUCUCCGCCCAGGCAGAGCGCAUCCGCGGGGUUCAGGCCUCCGCCCUGCGCUUCACCAGCACCGAGCAGAGCUACAAGCCGUGCGAGCCGGCUCUGGUGAGCGAGAAGGUGGCCCUGCUGGGACGGGCGUACGAGGAGCUGGGGCACCUGGCGGGCGGGCGGCGGGCGCGGCUGGAGGACUCGCGCCGCCUCUGGCAGUUCCUGUGGGAGCUGGGCGAGGAGGCGGCCUGGAUCCGCGAGCAGGAGCAGAUCCUGGCGGGCGGGGACUGCGGGCGCGACCUCACCUCCGCCCUGCACCUGCUCAGCAAGCACGAGGCCUUCAGGGACGAGAUGGCCGCCCGCUACGGCCCCCUGGGCCACAGCAUCGCCGCCGGCGACGCCCUGGUGCGGGAGGGCCACUUCGGCGCCCAGGAGGUCACCGAGAGAAUCCGGGACGUCCGUGCGCAGUGGGCGCACUUGGAAGAGGCAUCCCAGUUGAGAGAGCAGCGUCUGAAGGAGGCGGUGGCUCUGCACCAGUUCCAGACGGACGCUAACGACAUGGAGGCCUGGAUCAUGGAGACCCUGCGGCGGGUGUCCAGCCAGGAGGUGGGGCACGACGAGUUCUCCACCCAGACGCUGGCCCGCAAGCAGCGCGAGGUGGAGGAGGAGAUCCAGAGCCACCGCAACCUGAUCGACUCGCUGCACGAGCAGGCCCUGGGCCUGCCCUCGGCCUACGCCCGCUCCCCUCAGGUGGAGGGCCGUCUCCCCGCCAUCGAGCAGCGCUACGAGGAGCUGGAGUCCCUGUCGGCGUCGCGGCGCCAGGCCCUGGAGGGGGCGCUGGCUCUCUACCGCAUGUUCAGCGAGGGCGACGCCUGCCAGCUCUGGGUGGGGGAGAAGGAGCAGUGGCUGGACGCAAUGGAGAUCCCAAGCAAGCUGGAGGACCUGGAGGUGGUGCAGCAGAGAUUCGAGACUCUGGAGACUGAGAUGAAUAACAUGGGCACCCGAAUCUCUGACGUGAACCAAGUGGCAAAGCAGCUACUCGCCUCAGACCACCGCAGCAAAGGGCAGAUUCACCAGACUCAGGACCAGCUCAAUGACAGGUGGAAGGAGUUUGAGCGGCUGGCAGACAAGAGGAAGCAGGCCCUGGAGUCAGCGCUCAACAUCCAGAACUACCACCUGGAGUGCAACGAGAUCCAGAGCUGGAUGAAGGAGAAGACCAAAGUCAUCGAGUCCACGCAGAGCCUGGGCAACGACCUGGCCGGGGUCAUGGCCCUGCAGCGCAAGCUCACGGGCAUGGAGCGCGACCUAGAGGCCAUUCAGGGAAAGUUAGAUGACUUGCGUAAGGAGGCCAAGAAGCUGGCCAAGGAGCACCCGGACCAGGCCCAGGAGACCCAGGCCCGGCUCGGGGGGAUCCAGGAGGUGUGGGAGGAGCUGAACGCCACCAUGAAGCGGCGGGAGGAGAGCCUGGGCGAGGCCAGCAAGCUGCAGGGCUUCCUGAGGGACCUGGACGACUUCCAGUCCUGGCUGUCGCGCACCAUGACGGCCGUGGCCUCCGAGGACAUCCCCACCUCCCUGGCCGAGGCCGAGAAGCUGCUCACGCAGCACGAGGGCAUCAAGAACGAGGUGGACAACUACAAGGAGGACUACGAGAAGAUGCGGGCGGUGGGCGAGGAGGUGACCCAGGGCCAGACGGACGCCCAGCACAUGUUCCUGGCGCAGAGGCUGCAGGCGCUGGACACGGGCUGGCACGAGCUGCGCCGCAUGUGGGAGAACCGCCACAGCCUGCUGGCCCAGGCCUUCGACUUCCAGACCUUCCUCAGGGACGUGAAGCAGGCCGAGGGCUUCCUCAACAACCAGGAGUAUGUCCUGUCCCACACGGAGAUGCCCUCCAGCCUCCAGGGGGCAGAAGAGGCCAUCAAAAAACAUGAGGAUUUCAUGACCACCAUGGAGGCCAGCGAGGAGAAGAUCAAUGGAGUAGUGGAUUCCGGACUCCGCCUGGUCAGCGACCUCAACACCAACUCUGACAAGAUUCAGGAGAAGGCCGACUCCAUUAAAGAGAGACAUCAGAAGAACAAACAGGUUGCCAGUGCGCUACUGGCCAAGCUGAAAGACAACCGCGAACUGCAGCACUUCCUGCAGGAUGGACAGGAGCUCACGCUCUGGAUCAACGAGAAGAUGCUGACGGCCCAGGACAUGUCGUACGACGAGGCCAGGAACCUCCACAGCAAGUGGCAGAAGCACCAGGCCUUCAUGGCCGAGCUGGCCUCCAACAAGGACUGGCUGGACAAGAUCGGCAAGGAGGGGCAGGCUCUGGUGAGCGAGAAGCCGGAGCUGGACGCGGUGGUGAAGAAGACGAUGGCGGGCCUGCAGGCGCAGUGGGAGGAGCUGGAGGCCACCACCCAGACCAAGGCGCAGUGCCUGUUCGACGCCAACAGGGCGGAGCUCUUCACGCAGAGCUGCUCAGCCCUGGACUCCUGGCUGAUGAACCUGUCCUCUCAGCUGCAGAGCGAUGACUAUGGCAAGGACCUGACCAGCGUCAACAUCCUGCUCAAGAAGCACCAGAUGCUGGAGCACCAGAUGGAGGUGCGGGAGAAGGAGGUGCAGGCGCUGCAGUCGCAGGCGCUGGCCCUCUCCCAGGAGGACUCGGGCCUGGCGGAGGUGGACGGCCAGCAGAGGCGCGUGGCCGACAGCUUCUCCAAGAUCCACGAGCCCAUGCAGCAGCGGCGGCAGCAGCUGCUGGCCUCCAAGGAGGGCCACCAGUUCAACCGCGACCUGGAGGACGAGCUGCUCUGGGUGAAGGAGAGAAUGCCCCUGGCCACCUCCACGGACCACGGGAAAGACCUGCCCAGCGUGCAGCUGCUCAUCAAGAAGAACCAGACCCUGCAGAAGGAGAUCCAGGGGCACCAGCCCCGCAUCGAUGACAUCCACAGGCGCUCCACGGGCCCGGGGCAGGAGGAGACGGACGGGGUGGAGGGCCGCCUGCUGGAUCUGCAGGAGUCCUGGGCCCAGCUGAUCGCCGAGACGGAUCAGCGGCGCGGGCGCCUGGAGGAGUCUCACCGCGCCCAGCAGUUCUACGCCGACGUGGCCGAGGCAGAGGCCUGGAUGGGAGAGCAGGAGCUGCACAUGAUGUCAGAGGAGAAGGCCAAGGAUGAACAGAGCGCAGUGGUGAUGGUGAAGAAGCACCAGAUCCUGGAGCAGGCCCUGGAGGACUACGCCCAGACCAUCCACCAGCUGGCCAACAGCAGCCGGCUCAUGGUGACCAGCGAGCACCCUGAGAGCGAGCGGAUCACUCUACGGCAAGCCCAGGUGGACAAGCUGUACGCGGGGCUGAAGGACCUGGCGGAGGAGCGGCGGGGUCGUCUGCAGGAGAGGCUGAGGCUGACUCAGCUGAAGAGGGAGGUGGACGACCUGGAGCAGUGGAUCGCUGAGAGGGAGGUGGUGGCCGGGUCCCACGAGCUGGGCCAGGACUACGAGCACGUCACGAUGCUGCGGGACAAGUUCCGGGAGUUUGCGCGGGACACCAGCACCAUCGGGCAGGAGCGCGUGGACGGGGUGAACGCGCAGGCGGACGACCUGAUCGAGUCGGGCCACCCGGAGAACGCCAGCGUGGCCGAGUGGAAGGACGGCCUGAACGAGGCCUGGGCCGACCUGCUGGAGCUGAUGGACACGCGCACGCAGAUGCUGGCCGCCUCCUACGAGCUGCACCGCUACCACCAGGACGCGCGCGAGGCGCUGGGCCGCGUGCGCGAGAAGAGGGAGGCGCUGCCCGCCGACCUGGGCCGCGACCUCAACACCGUGCAGCACCUGCACCGCCAGCACACCGCCUACGAGCACGACAUCCAGGCCCUCAGCGGGCAGGUGAACCAGGUGCAGGAGGACGGGGCCCGCCUGCAGAAGGCCUACGCCGGGGAGAAGGCCGACGACAUCCACCGGCACGAGCGCGCCGUGUCCGAGGCCUGGGAGGCCCUGCUCUCCGCCGGCCAGGCUCGCCGGCUCCUCCUGCUGGACACCGUGGAGAAGUUCCGCUUCUUCAACAUGGUGCGCGACCUCAUGCUGUGGAUGGACGGGGUCAACCUGCAGAUCGACGCCCACGACAGCCCCAGGGAUGUGUCCUCAGCAGGGCUGGUCAUCGCCAACCACCAGGACAUCAAAUCCGAGAUUGAGACCCGGGCCGGCAGCUUCACUGCCUGUAAUGAGAUGGGCAACACGCUGAUCAAGAAUAAGCACUAUGCUUCUGAUGAGAUCCGGGAGAAACUAGAUCAGCUGCAGACCAAGAGGGACGAGAUCAACAAGAAGUGGCAGGACAAAAUGGACCACCUUCAGAUUGUGCUGGAGGUGCUGCAGUUCGGGCGGGACGCCUCGGUGGCGGAGUCCUGGCUGGCGGGACAGGAGCCGCUGGUGCGCGCGGCGGAGCUGGGCUCCAACGUGGACGAGGUGGAGAGCCUGAUCAAGCGGCACGAGGCCUUCGAGAAGCUGGCGGCCGGCUGGGACGAGCGCUUCACCCAGCUGGAGAAACUCACCACGCUGGAGGAGCUGGAGAUCCAGAGGCGGAGGGAGGAGGAGGAGAGGGCUCGGCGGCCGCCCACGCCUCCCCCGGCUGAGGAGGUGCUCCCGUCUGAGCUGGAGAGCCAGGCACACGAGUCUGCUGCCAGGACCAGCCUAGACCAGACAACUCUGAACCAGUCUGUGUCAGUGAACGGGGUCCACAGUGAUCAAGACACUUCACAGGGGUCGGAGGCGGAGUCUGUGAACGGGCCGGGUCGAGACAGCGGCCUGCCGUCGUCCUCUCGCCUGGACCCGUCCGGCCCCUUCGCCACGCUGCCGAGCAAAAGCACUGCCGAACCGCCGCCCGUGGAGACCAUGGAAGGGAUGCUGUGCCGCAAGCAGGAGAUGGAGUCGCACAGCAAGAAAGCAGCCAGCAGAUCCUGGCAGAACGUGUACUGCGUCCUGCGGAAGGGAAGCCUGGGCUUCUACAAGGACAACAAGGGUGCGGCCAACGGCGUUCCCUACCACGGCGAGGUGCCCAUCAGUCUCACCGAGGCCGCGUGUGAGGUCGCCCAUGACUACAAGAAGAGGAAACACGUCUUCAAGCUCCGGCUUGGUGAUGGAAAGGAAUUCCUAUUUCAAGCAAAAGAUGAGCCUGAAAUGAGCUCCUGGAUCCGCUCCAUCCUCUCCUCGAUCCCGGCGGGAGUGGGCGGGGCCGGCGAGCGCUCCCCGGGGGGCCCGACGGCGCUGAGCAGAGCCAUGACCAUGCCCCCCAUCUCGCCCGGCUCUGCGGAGCCCGGCGCCGUCACCAUGCGCAACAAGGAGGGCAAGGAGAAGGACCGGGAGAAGAGGUUCAGCUUCUUCGGCAAGAAAAAAUAAGCCAAGGAAAAAAAGAAAAAAAAACACAGACAAUUUAAGAACUCAUCAGACGCAAACAGAACUGACAGAAGCAGAAAGGAGACCGGAGUGUCCUGUUAACCACAUUGGCUCUCAGCCCCGAUCCUGCGUAGCGUGCUGUUCCUGUGAGGCUCCAGCAGAGCGUUCCGCUAGCCAUAGCGCCCCGGUCCUUUCCCAGCUGAUCAGAGGGGAGCUUGCCAGGAGGAUGUGCCAACACCAGCCCUUGUUGGAACAGGAAUCCAGAGGGCACCGGGGACGGUGGGGGGGGGGGGCAGGCGGGUGGCACGGGGCCGAGAACCAAUUGGAUGAGGACGUCUUAGAGUUCGGCUUAGAGUUAUUUCUGUUCGGCUCCCGGCUCCCGCUUGGUUCUUUUGAGUUUCAGAAUGGUCCUGCUGCUGUCGCCCGGGGAACAGUCAGGCCAUUCCACAAGGCCGUUAACAACAGGAAGGAUGCUAUACUCUAGGGGCUGUCGAUCCACCUCUCUUACUCUCUCUAUGGAAUUGCUUGAAGGACCAUGUUGAUUUUAGUUUUUUUGGCAUUAUUAUUAUUAUUAUUAUUAUUAUUAUUAUUAUUAAUAAUCAUUUUGCUGUUGCAGGUUUAGAGAAAAGAGUUUGAAGAAUAUGUAACUAUAGGUAGCUCAUCAAUGAAGAGAAAAACUAUUUGGUACUGUUGGAGAAACCAAGUUGGUUACUGUUAUUUGUGUUUGUUUGUAUUUCCCUUUUAUUUUUGUUUUUAGGAAGGCCAGCUUUCAAAGUGUUUUUAAAAGAGAGCAAAGUAAAUUUUUCAGUUAGGUUUUGCAAAAAGUAAUUUAACAAUUACCUAAGUGCAUAAGUUGAAAAAAUAUAUAUAUAUAUUUAAAGAGAAGUGGUUUUUAUUAUUUUGUUUUUAUCAUGAAUUUAUUUGUUUUAUUAUUUGGGGAGAAUAUUCAUGCUUUAUUUUUGACUUUUCUCGAAAACAGGAGAUUAUAUAGUUCAAGUAAGGUUGAGAGUGUGAGUUGUAGUGGAGGUUUUUUAAAUCAGUUUUUUGAUCGUUUUCCUGAAUAAUGGGCAUUUAUCUAUACAACCGUUCAUCCUAAUCAACAAGCUUAGGAGUGGUUUAGCUUUACAGAAGGGUUUUGGUUUGAGCUUUUAGUUUAUACUGCUAUUUCCAAUUAAACAGGUUUUUUUUUUAACUAUUUGGUUUUUUUGCUGUUUUUUUGUUCGUUUUCUUUUUUUUUGCAGGCCGUCUAAUAGGCAUGUGUAGUGUACUGUCAAACACUAAAAAUGAAACAGGAAUAAAGAUGCACACGAAAGACAUGGCAGGAAUGUGAGGGAAAGUGCGUGUGAAGGGUUGAGGAUGGGGGCAGUAAGUGUUGGAGGGACGUCGCGGGGGCGUAGCUGCUGGAGUUGAAUGGGGAUGGAAUGCGCGGUCGUGCACUGGGAGAGAUGGGUAAUUACUGAGCCGCUUCUGUCCGCCAUUCCCACAUGAAUCUGCCCAGACAGACGGCUCUGUCUCUCAUCCCUUAUGGAUCUCAUCCGCUGUCAAACUCUGACCCCUUUUUCUUUAAGAAAAACAAUUGCAGGGAAGCGUUACAAAGGAAACCCCUUUUAAAACGCAUCUUUCACAUUGACCUGGCAUAUUUAUGUGGCGAGAUUCUCCCUCGAUUGCGUGAGCGUUAUCACUGGGGGAAAAUGGCGGCCAAAUCACACAGAUGCAGACCAUAAAAUGUUGUUGAGGCGACUUGCUGUGGAUUAAGGAAGUGAAUAAUGGCGACGCUGGGUUGGUUAGGGUAUCACCUGUGAGCUCUCUGUUAGUUUGUUCACAGAAAGAGAGGCAUAGCUUUGGUUCAAGAUGUCCACAAUGCGCACAUAUUCCUGGCCUACAAUGACUUUAUAUAUACAGUGUAUAUCAGUCUUCUCUGACUAUCAGCUUUGGAGUGAAAUUGCUUUUGUCAGACCUUUUUCAUCUUGGAAAGGAAGCUGAGUUUAGCAUUAUACUGUGAAACCCCCCAUGAAGGGCGGAGUAUUAUGCCGAAGGCAUCUGAUGCAGCUCUAAUAUCCUUCCUCCACCUUGUUUCUUCUACUUCCUGUGGGAAUUUCCAGACAUCCUGCUUUUACGUCUGGAAUAUUAAACAUAAGACAGCAAGUGACACAAAGCAUUCCUGCUUGUUGCUGAUGUAAUGUGUAGCGAAGCAAGAAGAAAAUGAUAGAUUCCGUUUCGGGGUGAACUGAGGUAAGGUUUGAGAUUUAUGUGUGUGCGGUGAACACAGUCACCUCCAGGUGGCUUGAACUAAAUGCUCUUUACUUUGUGUUGUGCUGAAGCGGCAUCUCGCGCGUUUGUGCAGCGAUGCUGAGUUUUUCUCUCCGUGCCUCCCGUGACACCGGCAGUGUGAUGUGCAUCCGCGCCGACCCGAGUGUGACAGCUUCCUGUUGGAUCCAGCCCCAUGUUAGCCCGGAGGACAGUCAUCUGUGGCUCCGAAGGAAUACCGCAGAGAACACUGGAGGCCAAAGCUCACGAUUUAAAGACAGGUGCACGAUCGCGACGGUCCAGCUUCUCCGAUCUCGUACCGCCGAACCGAGACUUUUUGACAGCUGUGAUCCAGGGCACAUGCCACACACACACACACACACACACACAUGCGUGUGCACGCCCGGCCGACCGACUAGCAGCAGCAUGAGCCGUCCGCCUCGCCUUCCUCUCUUCCAGCGCUGGCGCUCUCCGCAUAGCCGAGCCUUGUGGCUCCUGCGCCACCUUGUGUUGACAGAUGAGAACUGCGGCGUUUCCAUGUCAGGAUUUAGUCCGUGCGCCAACUAUCGCUCUAGUUUCAACAGAAUGGGACAGCCGGUCUUACGAAUUCAUUACAAAAAGCCUAGCAUUUUAGUUAUCGGGCUGUAAGGCAGGACGAGUUUGACCACAAGAUACUUGUGGCUGCUUGGGUGUUCUUAGCGGUUAGCUGUGGUCUCUUUAUCUGAGUGUGCCUCUCCGGAGGUCGCCUCUCUCCUAACGGCAGAAGUAGUCACCCCAUACUGGACAUUCCAUCCCUUCAGCUAUCAGCUUUACAAGGUAAGCAGAGAUUUAUGAACAGUAGUGGCAUGAAGGAGGCAGGCUUUGGACAGACAAAAUCAGCCACCCCAAGACUUAUGAGCAUUAGAAAUGAUUGGUUUGUAAGUUGACAUCACCAUGCAAAAUUGGAUUGGUUUGGUCAUUUGAUACAAAUUAAGAGACUGGUAAAGUAAUCUUGGAACGGCAUUUCUGAAUCGUACACACAGACACAAGGGUUUCACAGUGACCGACACUGACUUUUCAUUCAAGCUAUGAAGUGUGGGCUUUGUAGUUUUCCGCUGUAAUCAAUGAUUUUAGGGCGUACUGUCCACUGUUUCUGGUGUGAUGAGCAAACGUACUGGAGUGGGAAUGCAUUCUGAUCCAUCAAUGAGGAGACAAAGGAGAUUAAUUCUGGGUAUGCUUUAAAAUGUAAACACAUUCAGAAUAAGCAAAAUUAAGAAAUUGAUUUAUUUGCCUCUUCAAAAUAGCAUAUGAGAUGGAAAGGUUCAGAGAUAUGUCAUAUGUGAACGUGGUGCCACAAAAAGUAUUCAGAAAAAAUCGGAAAAGAGAAAGCCAAGAAAAAUUUGCUUCCUUGAAAAGUAUUGAAUUGUGUUAUGGGGAUCAGUUUUCUAAGCCAGGUGUUCAUUUGGCUGCAUUUGAUUAGCAAGCCUACUGACCCACUUGCCUCAAAUGGAAUAAAUUUUAGAAAAUGAUCUGUUCCUUUUUUGUGACACUCACCACAAGCUGUUAAUACCACUAUUACAAUUUAUUAUUAUUAUUAUUAUUAUUAUUAUUAUUAUUAUUAUUAUUGCAACUGUUAGUAAUACUACUUCUACUGUUACUACUGGUACUUAUUACUAUGACUAUUACUGCUGUCCAUUUUCAGGUACAUGUCUGUAAUGGGAGAUUUUUCCACAAGAUGUCAGUGUGCUGUGGAGCAUUUUCAUUACAGAUCGAUCGAAAAAUGUUUGUUGACUUGUGUAUCUAUAUCAAAUACAAAACAUAAAAAAUAAAAUACGGUUUAAAACAAAACAAUA